GCGAAGAGGGUCAGUUGAAGGCCAGCUCGUGUGGUGAUAAGUCAGUCUAAAGAGCAGGAUCGAGACACAGCUCGCACGCUUGAGUCUUCGGUACUUGCUCGCAACGCGAAACAACGAGUCACGCCGGGCCUCGCUACCGCAGUCCGCCGGAUCGAAGAGUUAAGUGGAGCAAACGAAGGGAUUACGCUCAUUUCAUCGCGAUCAAGAGGAUCAACGCCAAGUGUGGUCAUUGUGUGUGUGAAAGGUCAAGGUGCGUGACGGUCAGCGAGGGACAACACCCUCGCCUCGGGAUGACACAACGUGACACUCGCGAGUGACACAUCUGGUCCCACGAGAUCAUCGUGCAGAAGCCGAGCCCGCGAGUGAGCGUAGUUGUGCACAUCCUGCCUGUGUGCACGCAUUGAAAUCAGUGUACACAUACGUGUAACUCCGGUGUGUACAUUAGUUCGUCCCUCGAGCGUGUGCUGUGACCAGUGGUGUGUGACGGUUGUCUGUGACGGUGUGUGACGCCUCCCACCCACGCGCGGACUCUCAUCACACUGUCGGGACAGCCCUCGGACAGGACGCACGGGACCUCUGCCUGCCUGCCUGGCCGCUCCUGCCGGGUCACCGUGACAACACUUCGCUGCAGCUUCAGUGCUCUUCUAGGGCGCACGCUUCGCCACCGCUGCUUCUUCUCCGCAAUCCUGACAUUCUUGUCAUCAAAAGAAUUUCCUAAUAUUUCAUGAUGUUGGUGGAAUCAAGUGUGGAUACCCCGGCGAUGUCUCCCGAAGGCUGCACUUCCCCGCAGCCAAGUGACGGCGAGGAGGGCAAGGGCCGAGUGUUCGCCUGUACAAUGUGUUCGUACCGCACAGACCGCAAGAACAACCUCAAGAGGCACACGCUGACGAUGCACGAGCUUUCCCCGGCGCUUCUGGAGUGUUGCGGCCUGCGCUUCCUCAACAAGGCCGAGCUGAGAAUGCACACGCACAAGUUCCACCGCGACGGCUACCACUGCGACGUGUGCGGCCGCGUCUUCUGCCGGAAGGCGCUCUUGAAGCGCCAUUACUCGGUCCACUCUGGCUUCAAGGAGUUCUCGUGCCAUUUCUGCGGUUACGAGACGAGCCACAAGAGCAACCUGGAGCGCCACAUGCGAGUGCACCGUAAGGAUGGGGCCCCUUUGCCUCAGCAUCUCCUCGAGGGAGGCUUCCUGCCAGAACUGUCUCAGCCUAGCGCCACUUUCUCAACCGCGAUGAAUUUCCGCAGCGGCCUCCUGCCAGCCCAACCACGCCCUGUCCUGCCCCUGUUUUCUGAUCACCAUCCUCACCUCUACUCCACUCCCGGAGCGCCCACGCCUGCAUGGCCAGCCUGGCCUGUGCUCACCCCACACACGCCGCCCGCUCCCUCCGCCCCCACUCUACCGCAGCACCUCCUGCAGAAGGCCCAGCAGGUCACGAGCCAGCCGGAGGGUCAGACGGCGGAUUUCCUCCCCGAAGUCGUCACCCCAAAGAAGCAAGGGCCGCGACGUGGCUUCAGUGUGUCCGCUCUGCUGGGCGACGACCCGCGACCCGACGACGUAAAGGAAGAGAAGGACAGGGUUGAACUGAAGCCUCCCAUCAGUUCCACGCCCCUGCCGACGCCCAUCCAGACCAGCCCGGGGAGCCUCCACGGUCUGUUCCGCCUGCCCGCGUCUUCGCCCCAGUCAUUGUCUCCGGACGCCGCUCGAGUGUGUGGUUCUCUCACUAGUAUAACGCCCACGAGAAUUCAGAGACCUACGCCCAUCCAUGCCAACAGCCCGUCCUUCGCCCAUGCACAGUCCCCGGUCACCAUGUACCCCUCAGUCGACAUGCACGCGUCCCUGCAGGCACUCAUGCAUGCCCAGUCUCCGAUCCUUUCGCCGCCUGCCAGCCUGUCCAUCCCGCGGUGCCGCUCGCCUCUGCCUGCCCAGGCUGAGUCUCCGGCGGCGCCCCUCUCGCCCAUGCCCCAGGUUCACUGCUCCUUCAGCCCGCCACAGCACCCACAGAGCCCUGCCACCCACGCUCACUCUCCCGUCCGAGCGCAGACGCCCAAGAACGACCACCAUGACUCCGGUGCGUCUUCGGGCUACGGAUCGCCCGGCCUGGACGAGUCGCCGAGGCUCCACGCCUUCGAGCCCAUCCGUAGGCCCAUGCGAGAGGAAGAGGAGGAGGAGGAGGACGCGGGCGUGAUGAAAAGUGCGUCACUGUACCACCACGCCCACGUCGAGGGCGCAGGCGAGCAAGCCGAUGACGAGAUGGAAGUCGACCAGGAAUAUGUGCCCAAGAAGCUCCGUGUCUCCAAGAAGUACAAAGGCAUGAUGGGCUCCUGUAAUGACAUCCUGUAGGUGUGUGGUUUACCAUGUAAAUAUAUAGUUUUCUAAGAAUUAAAUGGAUUUCAUGCGCCGGGCAGAUAUUUUGAAAGAAAAACAUUUUACCUAGUGUUAAAGAAAAUAUGAAAUGUGUGAAUAUUUUCAUGUGCCUUAGCAAAAAAGCAAAGAAGUUGCACUGAUUCUAAAAAAUGAGCUUUAUUUUUGCUAACCAUUUUCCAAUUCAGUGCAUUAUUUUUGUACAUGCUUUAAGAUUCCGUGGGAGAUAAAACGACUGUAUGAAAUGAUAAUCAAGUCCAGUGAAAUGUGUCAUGAUAGAAAAAAAAAUGGACGUGAAGCAUUUGCUAUACGAUUAUAUCUCAUCUGGUUUUAUGGUAAAUAAAAUAUUGCAGACUC